GUUACUCUCAAUAUUGCUAAUUUUAGCAAUGUGAAACUGUAUGUUUAAAUCUUGGGGUGACUAUCAGAAAUGUUGUCACAAAAAAAUCUGGGGAGGAGUGAGAGGUUGGAGGAAGGAGGCAGCCUCGUGUCUUUGCUCUUGAUCAUUGGUUGGAGCCUCGGGGAAAGGGAGGGGCCACGGCGCCGCUGUUUCUGUAGAGAGAGGCAGAGGCAGCGAGAAGGAGUGUGAGAAAGAGGCAGCAAAGGAGGAUAAAUGAGCACAGGGGCUCUCCCAGCAUCGACAUGCCUGCCUUCCUGAUUUCCACUCCAGCCAUAGUUCCUGCUCUUCUGAAUAGAAAUAACGGCUGAGGUGUGUUUUUAUGUGUGUGUUUUAAACAUCAGUCAUCCCACACUCUGCCUUCAUCUUCUCAGCUCACGGCUCUCUGCUGUGAUCUUGCUGCAAAGGACCAGACAGAAACUGAGACAAGAGCAAGCGGAGAUGGAAGAGUGGUGAAAAGAGGGUAAAAGAGCAGCAGGCAAGCAGAGGAGAAGAGGAGAAGAUAAGCAGGUUGAAGGACAGAAUCAAAAGGAGAAAUUAUGCGCAAUCUUUCCCACAGUUUUUGUAUGCAGCGCAUUAAACAAAAAUGUCUUUUCACUGGAUACGGUGUCUGUGACUCUGUGGACAACAGACAGAUAAGAGAGACCUUCAAUCUGGGAUUCAUACAGCUGCAACAGAUGUUGAAGACAUCUCAGACUUUAUAGGGAGUGGAGGCAUUUCGAGCAUAACUUGGACCAGAAUUCCAUCAAAGUCACAUUUUUGUCUAUUUUCUUUUUUGUGGCUUUGGCUGGGAAGUGCGCUUCACUGACAGAACAAAGAAAAGGAAUACCCAUUUUUGUGUGUGUUCACCACUUUUACCCACAUCUGCCUGUACUGAGGACAAUUCUAGAGGACUUCCUCACCUUUCUGUGUCCUCUCCAUUCUUCCUACAUUUGAAAUGGUGGACGGUGACAGCCUCGUUGUGAAACCACAGCAUGGAGCUUUUUAUUUGGACUGAAACCACACAGCUACUUUCAGAACCAGCCAGCUACCUGACAGAAUAGUGGGCUCUUGGAUUCAUCGUACCCUGAAGGGCCUCUCAGACACGUAUUCCUGCCCAAGAUGAUGAAUUCCUCCCUGGAUCCACUGAACCAGAGCUCUGCUGACUCAUCAAACCUAUCUGCACCUUUCUGCUUACUUGAGAUAGGCUAUUCCCAAAUUUUCACCACCUGCCUCCUUGAAGUCUCUAUCAUCCUUCUCCUCACUGUUCUUAUUAUUUCUGGUAAUCUGGUGGUGAUAUUUGUGUUUCACUGCGCUCCUUUGCUCAGCCAGCACACCACCAGUGCUUUCAUCCAGACCAUGGCGUACGCUGAUCUGCUGGUGGGAGUCAGCUGCCUUUUCCCCUCCCUGUCCCUGCUCCAUCGCCUCCAGGGCCUCAACCCCAAACUCACCUGCCAGGUGUUUGGGUACAUGGUGUCUGUUUUAAAGUCAGUUUCGAUGGUGUCUUUAGCGUGUGUGAGUGUGGACCGCUAUAUCGCCAUCACACGACCUUUGACUUACGCCUCUCUAGUGACACCUUGUCGAGUGCGCUGCUGUAUCGUUCUAAUAUGGCUGUACUCUGCUCUGGUGUUUCUCCCCUCUUUCCUUGGAUGGGGGAAACCUGGUUACCACGGCGAUGUGGUGGAGUGGUGUGCAAUUGAGUGGAGGACUCAUCCGGCUUUCACAACCUUUAUUGUUGCGCUGCUCUACGCCCCGGCUGCUCUCACUGUCUGCUUCACCUAUGCCAACAUCUUCAAGAUCUGCCGACAGCACACCCGGGAAAUCAGUGAGCGCCACGCUCGCUACCGACCCCAGCAGCUGCAGGGCCCGGGAAUGACCGCAGGAUCUGUGGUCAAGGACAACAGUACUGUAGAGCAAGGGCAGUUGCCUCACAUGCCCCAACCACAAAAGCCUCAUCACCAGUAUCAGCAGCCCACAUCCACAUAUCCAGACAAACGAUAUGCUAUGGUGUUGUUUCGCAUCACCAGUGUGUUUUAUAUCCUCUGGUUGCCCUACAUCCUCUACUUUCUGUUGGAGAGCGGACGGAUCUACCACCACCCUGCAGCCUCGUUCCUCACCACAUGGCUGGCUAUCAGCAACAGCUUCUGCAACUGUCUCAUUUACAGCCUCUCUAAUUCUGCCUUCAGAAAGGGCCUCAAACGCCUCUGCUCCUUCUGUUUACAGAGCAGUGGCAGUGGCUUUGGGGUUAGGAACACCAAAAAGGCUUUCGUUGGUUCCGUUGAAAAGGGGUGUGCAGGGCCAGGAUAUGGAUAUGGCCACGGGGAAAUGGGAAUUGGUACAACAUGUCAUGUGUAGUGCAUAAACAGAGAAAGGUCUUGUGCCAAAUUGGCAUUUGAAAUUUCACAAAAUGCUUGAGGAAAUUGCUGUAAAAUGUUGCUAAAAUGUGCUGUAAAGAGAUGGAAGGAGGUGUCAGUCUGGCACUCCUGUUGCCUUCAUAUUUGGAGGUUACACAGGCAUCCUCUCGGCACCGGUCACAGCUGGCAGAGACAGAAAAUGAGAGCCAAACGCAAAGCAAGACGAAAAGGAAGGCCUAAAUAUCCCUUCACAAUGUGUUCUAAUGGUCAAGGAAACACACAAUACAUAUAUGGACAGGAGUGAUAGAUGGAAGGUGUUGGAAAGGAGGAGAAAAAGGUUUGAAAAUCUCUGGUGUAGUGAACUCUUUUUAGGAUGAACAAAAUGUUUAUCUACUGGUCUUGGUUUUUUGGAAGUGAAUCCUUAACUUAUUUUGCCAAAACAACAAAGUGUUACAAGAAAACUGUUGUGAAAAACUGUCUGUGCUGUAUGAGAAUCACUUUGUGCACACUGUGUGUUGAAUGCGACAAAGAAGAGAUGAAUGCAAACCGAUCAACUGACUGCUGUGAUUUAGUGAAGUUGUACUGAUGUGAAAGGCCAAUAGCAAGCUCUUUAAUUUUUACCCCCUCAGUACUGAAUAUUUAAAAUGAUGCAACAGUGUGUUUCGUGUUGUGUCUCUUGCUAUUCGCUGAUUGACUGAGUUUAAAAGAAAUGGAAAGAGGUUGACGAAUAUAGAUCCAGUGCACACAUUGUUUUAUAGGUUGUUUGCAUUGACUGAAAUGAUUAUGAUUUGUCUGAAUCAAGACAUCUGUUCUUGAACUUUUAGAUUAUUUAUUGACGUUGUUGAGAAAAUGUUAUGUCUGUAGCUAAUUUGUGGGUUCACACACUGCACCCAUUGUUUAUAAUAUGACAUGCCGCCCAGCUUUGGUGUACGACUGUUAACCUGACAAAAAGAAAAUGUAUUUUAGUGAAUUUCAAGUAGUAUUUCAAAUCUUUUUCAAUUUAAUUGCACCUUUUUUUGAUUGUGUAGCUAAACUUAUUUUGUAAGUAUUUCCAAGGCAAAGAAAGACCAAGAAAGGAUGUAUUUUUACACUUACUUUAUACUGAUUGUUGGUACAUCUUUGAGCUGAUUUUUUUUUAAAAGCUAUUGAUCGAAGGUAAAAAUAUAAAGCAUUUAAUUGGAUAUCUCGUGAGCUGUGACUUUUACCCCUCGUUUUUGGCAGAGAGGAACAGUCUGAUGAGAAGUCAGAUGUGUGACUGUAUAAAUUUCACAUCUACAUAAUUGUGCAGAUAAUUACCUUGCUGUAAACUUAGGUAUAUGCCGUAUCAUGACUGCAUUAUUGUGGCUGCAUUCGGGGACUAGCGCAUGUGCACACCAGCACAGGAGGAUCACAUGCAAACAGAACAGACAAACAGCCCAUUGACUCUGUCAGGAGGUUAACCUCUGUGCAGCACCAUGACACAAAUCUAACCCCCAAACCUCUGGGAAUUGCAGUUGCAAGUGUGCGUCUGUACGUGCACAUCUACGUGCAUGCACUUGUUCUAGCCUGUUUUUGUCAUCUUGUUUCCAUGUGUAGGUCUGUAGGUUAAUUUCACCUCUUGAUAUUUAAUACAAAAGAAUCAAGACCAAUAAUUAGCUGAAUUUAAUCAAAACGUACAUAACCUGUGUUACAAUCUAAAGUUGAUAAAAAUGACCUGUGUGUUGAGCUAUGAAGACUCAUGUUUAUUUAGGUGCAGAUAUUCUAGCUUUAUAUAUCUUAUCUAAUCUACCAAAGAAAAUUCAAUAGAAUAUAUUAUUAUAAUAUUUUUAUAAGUGUCUAACAUGUGAAGAUCUAGUGAUAUGCUAGUGGGUUUUACACAGAGUUUGUGUAAAAGGUCCACUGCACUGUUGGCUCAGUGAUGCCUUGUGUGCAUGAUUAUCACUGUUGGUCAGUAUAACGUGACAUAAUGUUGCCUUGAUGUAUAAAUGAAAAUGAUCUGUUGGGAAAAUAUUUUCCUUUAAGAGUUGAGGAGGGCUCAGUUUGUAGACCUGUGACUGUUUUCAGAAGACGUGGCACAGACUGGCUAUUGUAUGAAUAUGCAGUGCUGUAAAUGUGUAUUAGUCAGUCUCUGCCAUUCGAUUCCACCUUCAUUGUAACCUGAACUGCAUUUGUUGGGCAAAGUAAUCAAAAAUGUGACUGUUAAUUCAGGUCUUUUUCACAAAUACAUAGUUCAAUCAAUUUUCCUCUCCUCUGUAAAACUGAAGAUAACGAGGAGUAAACACGACUCAAACUGUUACAUUUCUUUGCAUGUAUUUGUUCCUGUGUACCCGGCACAUAUUAGUGUGUGUUGGUAUGUCAGGAUGUGACCAUUGGCUGAAUUUGGACUGUUCAGUGUGUUUCUAGCAAAGGUGCUAACAAAGUUAUCACCUUUCAUUGCUUUCUUAGCUGCACAUUCCUUCCCUCAAAUAUACUGUAUUUUUUUUUUACUAUGUGUGAGUGUGAUGUACAGUGUUAGAUAGAUUCACAUGUUGUCUUUAAAUAUAUUGGCUGCCGUUUGUGCAGCAUUGCCAAAUAUUGUAAUCUUUCCUAUUUGUACCUUAUUUCGUUCCAUUGUCUGAACUAUUGCCAGUGUACAGAAAUGUCGUAUUGAAUGUCUGAUUGUCAAAGUACACAAAUUUAUUUUGUACAAUCACUUAAUUUCUGUUUGUUCUCUUGUGAAGUGUUAAAUGUUGCACAGUCUUGGUAGGUUUAGCAGCAUGCUUUCUGAUUGAAAUGACUGAAGCUGUUUUUAUAAAGAUACUUUUAUUUUCUUGUG